AAGAACAUGUUUAUAUUAAUAAAUUUUAUAUCUAAUGCACUAUUUUAGAGGGUCAACGAAAGGCAUUAUUUGAAGAUUGCGAAGACGAAAGAAAAAGUAAUUCAGAUGAUAUAAUAAAAUUAAAAAAAGAUUUAUCUGAACUGACUGUAUCCCUUCAUGAAAAUACAAAUACGUCUGCUUAUUACAGAAAUAAACAACAAAACAGACUUAUUGAAAAAAUUAUAGGACCGUUAGAGGAAAAAAAUUGCACACAAGUUGAGGAUUUGUUGGAUUUACAAAUAAUUGAUAGAUCAAAGCAAUUGGACCUAUUACGUUACGAAAUUAAAGAGAGAAAAAAGAAGCUAGCCAAGAUAGGGGAGCAAUUUAAAGCUUUAAACACCAAAGUUGAUAUUAGACUUUUGAAGGAAAAAGUAGAUUUGCCAGUAAAAAAGUCAACUUGUGAGUUACAUAAUAAUAUCCAUGCAGUUGAUCUUCAAAUUCGAGAAGCAGGCCAUAUAAGAAUGAAGUACAUGGAAAUUAGAAAAUCAUUAAAAGAUGAUUCAGCUAAAUUUGAAAGCAGCAUUGAAAAAUUAAACAAGGAAAUUAAUCAACAAAAAAAUAAUAUAAAUAAAUUGCAAAAGAUAUUAAAUGAAGCGAUCAAAAUGAAAACUUCAGCAAGAAAGAAGUUGCACCAAGAAGAAAAAAUAAUCGCCUCCUAUGCUUAUCAACGUGAAAAAGAAGUUAUGGAGGGCAAAAAACUUAUAAAUGAUAACAAGCAAGAAUUGGAAAAGCUGGAAAAAAGAAUCUAUCAGGGUGGGAAAUUGCUGGCUAGGCCAGAACCUGAAAAUGUCGAAGAGGGAGUUCAAGAGGAGGAAAAACCGGAAACUCCUCCACAUCAAUGCAAGGCACUAGCGCAAGAUUUUGAAAUUCUUAACGCUGCAACCGGAAGUACUUCUAUAGAAGAAGUUUUACAUAGGUUUAGAUCGCAAAAAGAAACCAAUGACAGACUAAUGAUGCUACGCGUACAAUCAGAAAAUGAUAAAAGGAGAUUGGAAAGGCAAAAGGCAGCAUUUGAUUCUCAAUUGGAAGCUUUUAGAUACGCUGAAGUUAAAGAUGCUGAAAGAAAAUCUUGUAAAUUGGAAGAAAUACAAGAACAAAUUAAAAGUGAACGUGAGAAAGAAAAGACAUUUAAAAAAUUGAUGGACAAAAAAUCUGAUGGCAUGAAGGUGGUAAUAUGCGGUUUGCGGUCACUAUUUUUUAAUAUGAAACCAGCGAAACCGCCCAAAGAAGACGAAGAUGCCUUAAUUAUUAUAGAAAACAUUAAACAAUACUUAGAGGAAAUUUUACAAAAUCAUAAAAAUGUUAAUGUUCCAAAAGUUAUGGAAAAACAAGAAAAUGUUCCAAUUGACGUUGACGAUGACAAAUGGUUGCCUACUCCAUAUACAAGUCUAGUUACAAGAACACCUAUUCCCCAACAAGGACCCUCACCAGCUCCUCCCCCACCUGGGGGUUCUGAAGAUGAGGAAGACGUUCCUUCCAGAUGUUACCUAAAACGUCAAGCUCAACUAGUGGUAGACGCAAAGACAAGAAGAAAAAAUUUAAGAGUGACCCUUGGAAAAACCAAAUAACCCAAUCUACAAUUAUUUUUACCGUUCGUAAUAUUUUAGUAAAAGGUUUUAAACAACAAUGAAAUCUUAGUAGUUACUUUAUUUAAAUUAACUUUAAAUAUAAAAUACAAAUUUUGGCUGUUGGUAUGCAUUUAAAAUACAUGUUUUAAAAAUUUGUUUAUAACUUAAAAUAAUUAUGUUAAGUAAAUAUAUAUACAAAUCUACAUUUUUAGACGAUGUUAUUGUAUUUAAUAAAAGAACAAUGAACUAUAGUCCAGGAAUAUUUCGAUGAUAUAACAACAUAUGAAAUAAAAUAAAUCAGUCUCAUUAAGCUAAGAAAUUGGCUACAUAUAACAAAAUAAUGGAACUAAAUCUACAAUAAUAAAGUCAAUUACAUUGAAAUAAAAUUGUUAAAAAAUAAAAUUAUUAUUUUUCUUAUUUAAUUAAUAUGCCUGUAAUUAAUGUGCCUUAACACAAAUUAGAAAAAAAUAGAAUAUAAUGUUUAGAAUAAACAAAUUUAAAAUUAAUUAAUAAAUAAGGCCACAUUUGUACCCUGUGUGCAAUAAAAUUAAUAAAGAAAAAUAACAAUUUUAUUUUUAAUUUAUUCAAUAUACAUUCGAACUUUGAUAACUAAAAUUAUUGAUAACUCGAAUUAAAUUGGUUGGCAAUAACGUCAAGAGUAAGAAUUAUGUGCAAUUUAAUAACUCUUGAUAACUCAAAGUUUUUUUGUAGAGUCAUGGUUCGAGUUAUCAAAGUUUGACUGUACUUAAUUAUGACAUAUCUACACAUUAAAAAAUAAUAUUUGUAUAAUGGUAAAAAGAAAAUAAAGGGUAUACAUAAGAAAAUGUUAAAAAAGCUAAAAAUACAAGAAAAAAUAGUCUAAACAAAAUAUUUAUUUAAAUUAUUUUUCUUUGCUUAGAUCACAAAUUUAAAUUUUAAAUAUUUUUUAUUUCAGAUAAUUUUAAUUCAUUAAAACAAUAAUAAAAAUUAAAAAUUCCAACAUUAAUACGCGCAACAAUAGAAUUUGUAUAAGUAAUUAAUUCAAGAAAGGCAAUUAUUUCACAAAAAUACUCAAGCCACAUUGUAUUAAAUAUUACUUAUUUUAAUAUUAAAAUAGUGGCAGUGACUUUAAUUUGGCAGUUUUAUUUGUUUUUCAUUUGGAAUUUAUUUGUUAUUCAAGAUGUUAGUAUAACAUAGUUUUUUUACAGUAUGAUAAAAAAUGGAAGACAACCACUUCAGUAUUUUGUUGGGCACAUAAUAAAUAAUUUAUUUAUAUCAUUUUAAAAAAGUUGACAAAUAUUUAUACAUGGACACCUUUCACUUGUUUUGCCAACAAUUAUUUUUAAUUUUAAUUAAUAAACAAGUUACAUUUGCAAAAAGUAUCCUUUUUUUAAAUACGUUAAAUAUCAAAUAAAAUUGGCUUUAAAUUUUUUGCGGUAGUUAAAUAAAAUAUUGAGAUUUCACUCACGUGUCACCGCACGAGCUUAAGAAACUCCAUGUUAAGAAAUCUCUUUCUUACACUAGUCGCACAAUGCACUAUUAUUCAACACCUGCAAGAAAUAUGUAACUUUGUGACCCUUUUGAGGGUGGGCGAAAUAAUAAAUUUCCUAAUUGUUCAUUUCUUAACUUGAACUUGUGGGCGAAAUAGCCAAUGAAGUAAACUUAGCUUUAAAUUAAAAAUAUGUCUGACAAAAGUCAAAUGUAAGAUAAAGUAUUAAAUAAAAUUGGCUAUUAAUUCCUUGCGCCAAAAUUGUUUCUGUUCUUUACUUGUUCAUAAUUCGUAAUAUUGGUCGAAAAAGGAGAAUCCAUUCGCGUGGCUAACUUUACGAUCAAGGAAUCUUCUCUUUCUCGCACUAGUCACAAUAAACCAUUUCCUAAUGUGAUAAACCUAUAAACAUUAAUUUUAGUAUAAUAAUUGAGGAGCAGACUUCCAAAAUACUUUCAACUUUUAAGAAAAAUAUGGCUUUCUGUUCUUGAAACUAAGGCGAAUUUUUUAACGGUACCCUUUACAUUCUGAACGCGUCUAGUCCUGUAAAUGUAAAUCUUCGGUUAAAGGGGCCCUGGACAUUCAAAGUGCAUUUGGUCCUAUACACAUAAACUACCAAAACGCGUUUUGUACUUUUCUAGGCCAGUGUUGCCAGAUAACACCGUGCAAUAAAAUCACCAGGAAAGUAAAACCUUUAUUCUGAAAGUGGAGAAGUACGUAAAUUAGGGGUGGAGUGGACAGCUGUUUACAAUUUAAAAGCAGCUUUGACGUCUUAAAAUAAAAUUUAUGGCAUCAGCAAAGCAAAUCAAUUAAAAGGACAUGAAGUCUCCGUUAUUUCCAAAAAAACUGAGUUUUCUAUGCUUCAGACAAUCAAAGAGCAUUUAGGUUCCUUCCUUUUGCAGAUUUCUGAAAUUCUUAAUGGAUAAAUAUUUUUAAGGGUGAGUUAUUAUUACAGGACUUUUUUUAAUUUAAUGGCUUCUUUAAUUCUGCUCGAAAUAUAUCAGUUACUUUACACGAGACUUUUGUGUUUCCUGAAAAUAAUGCAAUUUGCACAAAACGCAUUUUGGAAGUGUGCUGCUCAAUAAUCGUAUUAGGUUUAAUUAAGGGCCCAAAACAACACACUGAAAAGUUUGUAUAUCAUUUUUAUCUUCCUGUAUUUUAGUUUGAUAAAUUACAAAUAUUUUUUUUAGUAGAGUAAGGAACUAGACACAGAAACAACCAAUCAUUUUUCACCUUAAGGCAAGGUCCUUAUUUAAAUAUAUGAAUCCUAAUUGGAUUUAAAAUUAUUAACACAUUACUUUGGUGGUUUGAUCUAAUACUAUACAGUAGAAAAUUGUAUAUAUUGUUCUCAUACCUUUAAUGGACAGUAAGUCACAAUGGUAAAUAAAUAAAACCAAAAUAUGCCUAAAAUUAUUUGUAUGGGGCAGUUAUAUUGUAUCCUUACCUUAUAAAAGUUUAAAGAAAACCUAAACAAUCAAAGGCAAAUGUUUAUUGAGUACAGUCUGCAUCCAAAAAUAUCGUUUGCAUCUAUUUAAUAAGUGUUCAGUGUAAAAAUAUUGUGAUUAUUAUGUCAAUUAUUUUGCGAAACAAAAAUUCAUUCAGUCAUUGUGUCCGCCGCAACAAAUUCUAGGCAGUAUGUUUAGCGCACAAUGUUAUAAAUAGAAAAAAUAAUGAUAGGCAACGCUUUAGUAUCAGCAUUCACAAGGUCUAAUUGAUGGAUGGGAGGGAAGGUCAUUCAGGUCAUCCCGUUGGAGGGACCCUCCCACUCUAUCAGACACUCCAUUUUACCCGCGGGUCCUAUCCGUUUUGCCUUGACCAAGAACCGCUCGCCAGCCGCAAUCCGGUUAGCCGCGCCGAAAUAAAUGUUUACAGACGACUUUAGAUCAUCCAUUGAUAUGUCGGGUUCCUGUUUAACCGGACUAGGUUUGGGUGUAGGAGGAUCGAUCGAUUUCU